AUGUGCAAAUAUUAUAAACUGUACGGAGCUUUGUCAAUUCUGCACACUCUUAGCACAAAAGCAGAAAAAAUCGAACUGUGGGACUCAGAGCAAUCCAAGUUUCAGCCAAAUAUCAUGAGAGAAAAGAGUGCAUUCAGGCCUGCCAUUUCUAACCUGGACGAUUUGUACUCUGAAAGACAGGAGAUGCAUGCUAGGUAUGGAAAAGAUAGCAUACCAUCCCUUGAUAGGAACCAGAAGCAUAAUAGCGGCCACUACAGUUACGUCGGCUAUAUCUACAACCCAAAUUUAAAAAGAUAUCUUGGAUUCAGGAGAAAUGAAGGAGUAGGAUACAGUCCCGCUCUUGGAUUUGGUUCUAAUUAUAAAAAAGCUGUGUUCUCCAUCUACCACCUCACUGAGGAAAAAGGAAGCUCUGUGGCCCUCUUAACAAACGAUAAAAUUUUGGUCAGCCACUUUGCAUCCCCAGAGUACAGCAGAGAGAAGCCCGUACUGGAAAGAAUCCCUGGCUUGCUCAACAAUAACAAUGAAGUGCAGGUUAAUGUAGGGCCUAUCAGCAGCAGAUCCUUCAAACUGCUCGGCAUAAGCGAGUCGUUUAAAAACUUUGUUCUUUCAAAAGAAAAGCUAGAUGUCACAAGAGAUACAAGAACCCACCAAGACUUUGCUAUUAAAUCUGUGGUGUCUGAAAAAUACAUUGCUGCUUCCGCAGAUAACCACGAAGCUGAAUUUAAAAGCAUAGACGAGUGCGAGGUCUCUCCUGCGAUGUGCACAUAUAACUGGGUCCCUUACAAAGAAACACAGGAGAAUUAUUCUCAGUAG